AUGCCGUACUUCAUUAACCCGUUCCACAAACACGACGUCUCCGAGUUCCCGGGAGUCCUGAUACCGCUCGCCGGAGCGCCGCAUCGUGGCAACUCGGUCAGCUCCAAGCCGCACGAUGAGGCCAACAGAGAGAAAGAGUCGACCGGCAGCAGCGAGUGGUCCGGUGGCUUGACUAUCGACGCCCUCCGUUCUGAGAUUGACAAUGAUCUGGCAGCUGGCGGUGUCAACACCGCAUAUGACCGCAAGUCUAAGGUCAUCAACAAGGCCAUCCAGGACAUUGGCAUGGGCCGCUACCAAUGGGAGCUCUUCGCUCUCUGCGGUUUUGGCUGGACUGCUGAUAACCUCUGGCUCCAGGGCGUCGCUCUCACCCUCCCGCAACUCAGUCGUGAGUUCGACAUUGACGAAAACACGGUACGCUACACCACGCUAGCGCUCUUCACUGGCUUGUGCAUUGGUGCGAGCUUCUGGGGAAUCCUCUCCGAUGUCAUCGGUCGCCGUCUUGCUUUCAACUGCACGCUGUUCCUUGCUGGCGCCUUUGGCCUGGCUGCUGGCGGUGGCCACGACUGGGUCUCCACUUGCGCCCUCUUUUCCUGUGUCGGCUUGGGCGUUGGCGGCAACUUGCCCGUCGACGGAGCUCUCUUCCUUGAGUUUCUGCCGUUCGCUAGCGGGAACCUGCUGACUCUGCUGAGCGUGUGGUGGCCUGUCGGACAAUUGAUCUCGUCUCUGAUUGCAUGGGGAUUUAUUUCCAACUACUCGUGCGCUUCAGAGGGCCCCUGCGCAAAGGAGGACAACUGGGGCUGGCGCUACCUUGUCCUCACGCUGGGCGCCCUCACCUUCUCCAUGUUUGUUGCGCGCUUCUUCCUCUUCCAUCUCUUUGAGUCGCCCAAAUUCCUGCUCUCGCGCGGCAGACAGGCCGAGGCUGUUGCCGUUGUGCAUGGCAUCGCGUACCACAACAAGGCCAAGACGUGGUUGACUGAGGAGAUUCUCAACGAGAUCGGCGGCGACCCCGAUGCCUUGACAGAGGGCCAGAAGCUCAGCACCGUUGAGAUCAUCAAGCGCAACCUGGGCAAGUUCAGCGCGGCACGCAUCCGGCCACUCUUCAACGGCAAGAAGCUGGGGGUCACGACGGUGCUCCUCUGGUUCAUCUGGGCUGCCAUUGGCAUGGGUUACCCCCUGUUCAACGCUUUCCUGCCCCAGUACUUGGGUAACAGUGGCGAGUCGUCGACGUACUUGGUGUACCGCAACUAUGCCAUCACGUCGGUGGUCGGCGUUCCCGGCAGCUUUUUCGCGUGCUACACGGUCGACAUCAAGUACAUUGGACGCAAGGGCACCAUGGCCAUCAGCACCAUGCUCAGCGGCAUCUUCCUCUAUCUCUUCACCAUCAGCAGCGACUCCAACUACCAGCUCACCUUCUCUUCGCUCGAGGCCUUUUUCCAGAACAUCAUGUACGGCGUCCUCUACGCCUACACACCCGAGGUGUUCCCGGCGCCUAACCGCGGCACUGGCACCGGCAUCAGUUCCUUCCUCAACCGUUUGCUGGGUCUGUGCGCGCCCCUGGUUGCCAUUAACGCUGGCCAGGCCGACCCAUCCGGCCCGGUGUACGCAUCCGGAGCUCUGUUCCUGGCAGCCUUCGUGGCGAUGUGCUUGCUGCCAAUCGAGACCAGGGGGAAGCAGUCUCUGUAA